AUGCCACAAAUCCAACGCAUACUGAUCAAAACCCAUCAUAUGACCUCGCGCAAGAAGAUCCUCACCAUCACGAAAGCUGCAAAACGACUCUCAUGUUCCGUUCUCUUGAAAACCGGAGGUCCACCUGGGGUUAUGGUUGCAGAAGGCGAACUUGCUGGUGACUGGUUAGAGGUCGUUCGAAAGCUACGGUACAAAGAUUAUCAACUCAUGAAGAGAGAGGAUGUGGGGGAAAAGGGGCUAGAUGUUGGCCCCGGAGAUGUAAAGGAAUUGACGGGUAUGAAAGAGCUGGGCGCGUUCUUGGAAAGGAACAGGGAGAUCUAUGAAUGGUGGAGGGUGGGAAUGGGGUAUAAGAAAGGUGAAGAUGCGCCUUGA